AAAUUGGCGUAGGGAGGAGACAAAAAAAGAAAGGGCUAUUUUGGCAGUGGUUGUCUUAGUACUGGAACGCCUGCCCAAUAGGGCCCAUUGUAUGUGUAGUCCACUCUCUGUAUUAUCAUAGAUGAAGCUGAGGGCAGCAUUCCCUCCAUGGAAUGUCCUUGGGCACCACAUUUCAGCAGCAGUUUCAGUCAGAGCUGGCAAUGGAAGCCAAAUGGGCAUUGAGCAAUAUCUUUCUCUUUACCACCCUGUCUCUCUUUCCCCUCUUCGACAUCCAUUCAACCUCAAACAUACACAGAGCCAUGUGCCCCCUUCAUCCAGCAUCCACUCAUUUUGCAAACACACAUGCAUGCACUGUCUGUCGUCGAGAGAGUAGAACAGAAACAAUCUCUCCUAUGACCCCAGGAACAGUCAAAGGCUAACACUGAAAGGAAAACUGGUUUUGCCCCAGGCAGGCAAGAAAAUAUGUCAUCCCAAUUUCUUGAAGCGGAUCAAGAACUCAGGAGGAAUUAGCAAGAGUUCCCAACAGACUUCAGUCUUUCAUUUCCCCUGGAUCCAUUUACAGGGAGCUGUUUUUUGCUUCCUUCCCACCUUCCCUGAGUACAAGAAUGAGUGUCAGGAUAGCAGCACUGACCAAACUAUGAUGCCAGGCAGCAUAAAGUGAGGCCAAGGGCUGCUAUUUUGCAUGCUGCACACAUGCACUUGAGAAAUAACUGUGUCAGGGUGAAAGAGAAAAGCUUUAUUGUGCAGGGGGAAGCCAGCUUUGAGUUGAAAGCAACACCAUUAACAAAAACAGACAUAAAGUAGGAGGAAAAGAAUGCUUUGUUGCCUCAGUGAUGAGCCAAGUCUCUGUUCUAAGGUGUAAAUGAUGGACCUUUAUGUUGCUCACCUGUGAUGGAAGAGAAGCAUGGGAUUCUGCUAUGGGGUCUGCAAAAAGAGCAAUGGAACCAGAUGAAAAAUAUGUUUUCACAUACAAAGGAUUUUAUUUCCAGCCAGAUUUGGUUUCAGUGGAGUACUUGGAUACCCUGGAGGAUUUUGAAAUAAGAGACAGUGAUGUAUUUUUAGUCACUUAUCCAAAGUCAGGCACAAUAUGGACCCAAAAUAUUUUGAGCUUGAUUUAUCAUGAAGGUCAUCGAGAUGGAACCGAAAAAGUCGACUUACUAGACAGGGCUCCGUGGCUGGAAUACAAUAUCCGCAAUGUGGAUUAUGUCAGUCGCCCAUCACCUCGCCUCUUUGCUUCCCAUCUACCAUACUAUUUAGUACCCAAAGGAUUAAGGAACAGAAGAGCAAAAGUUGUUUAUGUGGCCAGAAACCCAAAGGAUGUCAUGGUUUCCUUUUACCAUUUUUCCAAAAUGGCAGUCAAAUUUGAAGAGGUAGAAGAUUUUGGAAUUUUCAUGGAGAGGUUUUUGGCUGGAAAAGUACUUGCAAGUUCAUGGUUGGACCAUGUGGAAGGCUGGUACACUCACAAGGAUGACUUCAAUAUUCUAUUUCUUACCUAUGAAGAAAUGAAGAAGGAUCUAAAAAGCUCUGUAUUGAAACUAUGCAACUUCCUGGGAAAGAGACUGACGGAAAAGGAGGUGGAUGCUGUUGUGGAUCAGGCUACAUUUAAUAAAAUGAAAGCAGAUCCCAGGGCAAAUUAUGAGUUCAUGCCACUGGAUAUCCUGGACCACAGCAAAGGACCUUUUCUUCGCAAAGGCACUGUUGGAGACUGGAAGAACAUGAUGACAGUCGCACAAAGUGAAAGAUUUGACAGUGUUUUUAAGAAGAGAAUGGAAAAGCUGCCCUUCAAGUUCUGCUGGGACAUCAAUGAGGAAUCAUGAGUCUACCUUUAGCUUGGAAGGAUGAAAUAAAGUGCACUGUAUGAAUUUAAUCCAGGCCUAUUUGUAAGAGUUAGCAAAAAAACCCCAAAAAAACUUUCAUAUGGAUGGGUUAAUAGCUUCCUAAAGUUCGAAUAUGAGCAAUAUUUUUUUUAAACACACACAAUAAAAUUACAUUUGUACUGCCCACUUUUUCUCUUUCUACAUUCCAAUAUGUCCUAAUUUCUGACCCCAUGUGCAAAAGUUAAGGAAUAAUAUCUAUUGGGAUUAGUAAUUGUGUUUUAAUUUGGCAAUGUUAUAAUGAGGCUACUAUUGGAUUAUUGUAAUUGAAAUUUAAUAAAAAAUAUUGCUAAAAUAAGCAAACUAACCAACUAUUGGUG